GUAAAGUUGCAACGUAAUACGCCAUGUCAGUUGAAGCAUUGUCUGGUAAAGUUUUUCUUUUGGUCACUGGUGCGAGUCGUGGUAUCGGUAGGCAAAUAGCAAUAACAUUUGGCUCGCUACUGGAGGAAGGCUCACGUGUGCUUUUAUUAGCGAGGAAUAAGGAUGCAUUGCGAAAAGUUGCAAGUAAUAUACCUUCCAAAGUGGAAGUUUACACCGCUAGUACAGACUUAAGUAAAUCAACUGAUGUCGAGUUUCAAGAAUUCUUAUCGGAAGCUUUGAAAGAAACUACUUCCGACGCAUUUGAUCGAGUAGUCCUGGUACAUAAUGUAGGCUCUUUGGGCGAUCUCUCUAAAUCUGUAAACGAUAUGAUGGAUGUGAACAGCUGGAGAGAACUUUAUCAUCUAAACAUGUUCAUACCUGCCAUAUUAAAUGCGGUGGUCAUGAAUACAUUUGAUAAUAAAACCAUUAAGAAGACGGUUAUCAAUAUUACAUCUUUAUACGCUAUUCAAGCAGGCAUUGGCAGUGGUCAAUAUUCCUCAGUGAAAGCAGCAAGAGAAAUGUACUUUAAGGUUUUUGCAUUAGAAAAUCCUGAUGCUAAUGUGUUAAGUUACUCACCGGGACCUGUCGACACGGAUAUGUUCACAACGGUAUGCGAAACUAUCGCCGAUCCCGAAGCUAAAAAGAUGUAUAUUGAGAUGCGACAAAAGAAAACCGUGUUGACUACAGAACAGACUGUUAAUCGUCUUGUGCAAAUCUUGAAAGAACGUAAAUACAAUGCAGCCGAUCAUGUGGAUUAUUACGAUAACUUGUGAAGCAAAAAUAAUUAUGUUUAUAGAGAGAAAGUAAAGCAUAAAAUUCGCCUCAGCGAAUAAAUUUAUUCUUUUAUAUUGAAAAUAAUUUUGCUCUAUAUAAUUUUGCUCCUUAAAGAUGUGACGUAUAAUAAUCUACGAAAUAAUAUAAACAUAGAUAAUUCUCUUUAUAAAUGAUUUUAUAAUUAAUUUAUAAUUUUUUAAAAUUCUCCCUUGAAUGGAUAAGUUGGUAAUAUUAAAAUAACAAUAUUUAUAAAGGAAUUGUACAAUUUUAUUUUUUUUAAUCACACAUGAAAUUAUUUUUCUUUUACCUAUACAGAGUGAUUUAUAAAGUACAUGUAAAUACUUUGUGGAUUUAUGGAUGCAAUGUAGAGGUAAAAAUAAGACCUAAGAGGUAAAAAUGUUCUAUACAACUUUUUCUGAAACUCCUUAAUUUCAGAGUUAUGAUGUAAUACAUAAUACCUUGCUAGGCAUAAACAACAUGAAGGCAGUACUUAUGAGCCUUAGGACGUGUCAUGUUCAUUCUUCAACAUAGUAGAUGUUUGUUAUUUCUACACCUCACUACAGUUGAUUACACCACAUCCUACACCACGUCUCUUUAACUUUUAAUCCUGUUCAAAAUGAGUUUGAACAGAUUCUGUGACAUUCAGAGAUCAUUAAGGCGACGAGCAAGUCUCUGUCUUAGAGUUCAGGGAAAUCACUUUAAAAAACGUAUUAUGAAAACUGUACUAAUCUGUGAACUCUAGAAGAAAUGACUUUUAGUUUGUGUUGAGUUUGUUAUCCGUUCUUUGAUACACAGCUCUGAAAUAAAGCAAUAGCAGAAAAAGUUGUAUAGAA